AAGCGAGUUUCCCUUGAGAGCGGAGCUUGUGGUUAUAGCUUGUUUGAUAGGAACAGAGAGGAGGUGAGAAUUAAGAUGGGGACGUUCGCCAAGCUUGCGAGAAGGGCUUUGGAAACGGAUGAUCCGGUCAUGGUUAAGAUACAGAAAUUGAUUCGGGGUGCGAAAGAUGCAAAGUCUUUGGCGCAGGGGGUAGUUUAUUGGCAACCGCCAAAGCAGGCUCUGGAAAAGGUCCAACAAAUUGUUUGGGAGCCUUCGACUAGUCGUUAUGGUGCUGAUGAGGGCCUUCCAGAGCUCAGGGAGGCAUUGAUUAAAAAGAUACGUCAAGAGAAUAAAUUGUACAAAUCCUCAGUCAUGGUUACUGCUGGUGCAAACCAGGGAUUUGUGGAUCUUGUUCUUACACUCUGUGAUGCUGGGGAUUCUGUAAUAAUGUUUGCACCUUACUACUUCAAUGCCUAUAUGGCCUUCCAGAUGACUGGCAUCACCAACAUUCUGGUGGGUCCUGGUAAUCCGAAGACACUUUAUCCAGAUGCCGACUGGUUGGAGAAGACUCUGUCAGAAACCAAACCAGUGCCAAAGGUCGUCACUGUUGUAAAUCCAGGCAAUCCAUCUGGGACCUACAUUCCAGAACCUCUUCUCAAGAGAAUUUCAGAUAUCUGCGAAAGUGCCGGCUCUUGGCUCAUUGUAGAUAAUACAUACGAGUACUUUAUGUAUGAUGGAUUGAAGCAUUCAUGCAUAGAGGGUAAUCACAUAGUCAAUAUCUUUUCCUUCUCAAAAGCCUAUGGCAUGAUGGGAUGGCGAGUCGGAUACAUUGCGUAUCCAUUAGAGGUGGAGGGCCUUGAAGCUCAGCUUCUCAAGGUUCAAGACAACAUACCCAUCUGUGCAUCCAUAAUCUCACAACGGCUGGCUCUGUACUCACUAGAAGUCGGACCUGAGUGGGUCACAAACCAGGUGAAGGACCUUGUCAAAAACAGAGCACUCAUCUUGGAAGCACUCUCACCUCUUGGAGAGGAUGCAGUAAAAGGUGGGGAAGGUGCGAUCUACCUAUGGGCUAGACUUCCAGAAAAAUAUUCUGAUGAAGAGGUUGUAAGGUGGCUUGUGCAGAAGCAUGGGGUGGCUGUAAUCCCUGGAAGUGCAAGUGGGGGGCCAGGUUAUAUCCGGCUCUCCUUUGGAGGGCUUAUAGAGGCCGACUGUAAAGAGGCUGCAGGGAGACUACAAAAAGGGUUAGAAGAGCUGGUGAGAGAUGGAAUGGUGGAGUAACCACCUUAAAACAAUUAUGAAACAUUGAUUUUCUUGGCCAAUGAUGCCUCUUCUUGUUUGGUGUAUUCUUAACCUGAAUAAUGCCUCUUCCUGGCUUUUGAUGCGAAAGGCUGGAGAUCCAGUUCUGCCAGAUUAAGGGAAACUCGAAAUUGGGAGGACGUACAUGCCUCUCAGUUGGUUGACAUGUCUUAAGUAGUGUGAUUGAUGAAUGCAAAAUUCUUCGCAUUUUACA